AUGAUACGGUGCUCGCCCUCGAUCUCUGGCUCAGCUAAAGACCCUCAACCUGAUGAGAUUCGGCUGCACAGAGAUGAUCAGGGACCUUGGCGGUGGGAGCCUCCAAGAAGGCAUGCGAGUCUGGACUCCGCAACACGAGACGAGCAGCUCGACUUCCACCAGGACAGAUUCCAGGAGGCACCGAUGCACAUUGCUAUAAAUUUCAAUAAGAACCGCACCAAAGGAUGGCAGUCACUACUUCUGACGAUGUUCGUGUCACUCGCACAACUCCUGAUCGACGACAGUCUGGCAUUCUCACCGAACCAGGAUGAGUUCACUGAGCAGGUGGAGGCAACGAAAUUCGCGGACAUUCAUUUAGACGGAGCUAGAAUUCGCAAGACAUGGCAACCACCCGUUGCCCAACCUGCAGGCUUCCAGGCACCUCGAAGUGUGGCAACUGCAAAUCGGUGUCCUACUGCAGCAAGGAAUGCCAGCAGGCGGACUGGAACGCCCACAAGAUGGUCUGCAAGAGCUUCAAGAACACCGGACAGCGCCCCAAACGAACAUGCUCGGCUCGCAAUCCUCUUUCCGCACGCACGCCCACAGCCCGAGCGUGUGUGGAUCAGCGGCAAGUCCGACGAUGACACCAAGGAGGACCUCAAGCGCCUCAUUGGAGUCGAGGAGCUGGGGCGCCGUGAGACGUACUACAACCCCAUCCUUUGGGCUGAUCUGUCCGAAGAUGGUGACGAUCUCAGCUACGAGGCGGCUCGCAAGGUGCAGAAGCGCCUCAUAUUCACUUCCGAUAACAAGUACAUUUUCAAGUACCAGGCCGGCAAAGAGCACCCCGAGUACAACCUCUCCACCAUGCACUGCUGUGCUAGUGGCGUCAAGAACCGCUUGGAGCAUGGUUGGAGUGGCCCGGCAGUUGCCUAUGCCCCUGGCGCAGACAUGGACCCAGUCGCUUACAGCGAUGUGGUGGCAUGGCUGAUCUGGUACGGGUGGAGGACUCGAGGCCUCCGUCCAAGUUGUGGACCCAAAGUUGAGGCUGUCAAGAUCGCCUGUCCAGGUGAGCAGCAGCUUGUCGGCUCGCCAUCACACGCGUCAGUGCAGCUUCCACGAAUGCACCCCUUAUUCGACAGCCUCGACGGCAAAGUCUCCGACAUCUCCAAGGCCAUCGGCAUGCCACUCAUCACCUGGAAGCAGCCACAGACCAAGGCGCAGGCUACUGCCUGGCAGGACGUACCAAAUGGUCGAUUCAGUCAGGUUGCCUACAUGCACAAAGGCAUCGACCCUACUCAACAAGCAGGCGACCCGACCGGCUUUCUCUGCUCGCCCGACGGCGGAUACGGCCUUCCGCCAGUGGAUUGGGACGCCGGACUCGGCACUGUCUACAUCGCACGCCUCGAUCGCGAGCCCCUCGACCCCGAGCUCGUCCAAGCCUUCGGCGAUUUCUGUCAGUUCCACAUGUCGGCGUUCUUCCAGCUGGCACGCGAGCGUAGACUCAACAACGAGUCGAGCGAGGCACGCACGCGUGAGAUCGAGGAUCUGGCGGGAGGGAAGGACUAUGCAGGAAGCGCUUUGUGA